GAAUUUGUGCAAUAUGUUAAACAUGAAACCGUACGUGCCAUCGACAAAGGUCGCUGUCCGAGAGAGUUUCGACGAAGAUCUAAGCGAUGAUGUUGAAGACGAUGUUUUCAUUCGCGACGGUAAAUCAAUCAAAGCGUACGAAGAAAAAGGAUUGAAACGACCUUUGAUGGCACCCAGACGCCGUUCCAGUAGCAAACCACUGUUGAAACCAUCGAAAACACGUAAAGCGAUGGCGGCAAUAUUUCGAAAAAGAAACCAUUGCUGGAGAUACUGUGAACCCUUCUGCUAUGCAUUUGCUGCGCUGCUUGUUUUAUUACUUAUCGCUAUCUUAGGUAUCUUUUUGAUGGCUUUGUUCCCAAUGUCAUUGCAAAAGUUGAAAUCACUGUUCCAUGACACCAAACUUAGUUUUGCAUUGAAUAAAGUUCGCAUUGGUUUUGAUGCGAUGCCAACGGGUCAAUUGUUUUUGGGUGAACAAACACCGUGCACACAAAUGGCUGUUAGCAAAGUAUGGAGCAAAGCAUUUACACGGCUCAGCACCGAAAGUCCAGUUAGAACAGUGGACAUAAAUGGUGAUGGGGCCGCUGAUAUUGUAUUGGGCUAUGGUGUUGACGACAGCAUUCAGUAUCAGUCAGAGAGUCAUGGAGGUGUUCCGAAAUGUGAGAUCGAAAAUAAUGGAUACCGUGAAAUGAUUGCAUGUGAGGGCGGAAUUUUGGCUUUGGAUGGCAUCACGGGAAAUACACUGUGGCAACGAUGGACACCAUCGAUUGUUUUUUCAAUCAUUUGCCGAACUGAUUUGAACAACGACGCUCAAAUUGAUUGCGUGGUUUCAGGGCGCGGUGGGCUUGUUUUAGCGCUGAAUGGUAGAAACGGUGAUGUUUUAUGGCACCUUAGACCGAAUAUAGUGAUUUCAGAUAUUCCAAUGCCGAUACCAGUCGUUGAUUUGUACACUGUAAAUGCAAUUAGAGACUUGGACGAAGAUUCCGUUCCAGAUGUGGUGGCAGCACGAGUCGAAGAGCAUCGUUUAUCGGAUCAAACGUCUAUUGCCGGCCAUAUGCAAAUCAUAUCCGGUCAAACUGGAAAAAUCAUUCGCACCAUUCAAACGCCGAACCGUGAAGAACUGUACGUACCCAUUCAAGUUCAUACGCAAAUCGAUGGCACUGAGAUGUUGCUAGUGAUUACUGGAGGGCAAAACUCUCCGGGAGGAGUUUAUCUGAUUCCAUUAAAUACAAUCAUGGACAAUUCAAAGGAGAAUCAAUUCAUUACGGUGAUUCGAAGUGAAUCAUCGGGCUUUAUGGUGCCAGCCAUCUUGGUGGAUUUAAAUGAGGAUAACGUUGAUGACAUUGUUGUCUCUUCUUUCAAUUCCACGGUGUAUGCAUUUAAUGGUCAAAGUUAUGCCACUCUGUGGAACUAUACGUUUGCUGAUUCGGAAAGUACCAGUUCAAUCGUACCAGGUCAUUACAACAAUGACAAUAUUACCGAUUUCAUGGUGAAAUAUAAUUGUGGCCCAGGUUUCCCCGUCUACUAUUACUCUCAGACGCAAAUCAUUAACGGCAAGAAUGGAACAAAUUUACUUGGUUUUGACGUACUCAAAUCCGGUGAUGCUCGUGUGGCGCUUAUUGGGUUUCCAAGUGUCGGGAAGUCCACAUUGCUGUCAACUUUAACAAAAACCGAAAGUGAAGCGGCCAACUAUGAAUUCACAACAUUGACAUGUAUUCCCGGUGUCAUCGAAUACAGAGGGGCAAAUAUUCAAUUGCUCGAUUUACCGGGAAUCAUCGAAGGUGCCGCUCAAGGCAAAGGUCGAGGUCGUCAGGUAAUCGCUGUUGCGCGUACCGCUGAUGUUGUCAUCAUGAUGUUGGACGCAACAAAGCCCAAUGUACACCGUGAUUUGUUGGAGAAAGAAUUGGAAUCGGUCGGAAUACGCUUGAAUAAAGAGAAACCAAAUAUUUAUUUCAAGCAAAAGAAGGGCGGCGGUCUGAGCUUCAACUCAACACUUAACCUAACGAAAUGCAAUGAAAAAAUGGUUCAAUCGGUUUUGCAAGCAUUCAAAAUUCACAACGCUGAAGUUCUCUUCCGUGAUGAUUGUGAUGUUGAACAAUUCAUUGAUGUUGUAACCGAUAAUCGUGUCUACUUACCCUGUCUCUAUGUGUACAACAAAAUCGAUCAGAUUUCCAUCGAGGAAGUGAAUCGAUUGGCACGACAACCGUAUAGCGUAGUGGUGAGCUGUAACAUGCAAUUGAAUUUGGACUAUUUGUUGGAACGAUUGUGGGAAGAAUUGAGCUUGAUUAGAGUGUACACAAAAAAGCCCGGUGCCCCACCAGACUUUGGCGAUGCAAUCAUUUUGCGGCGAGGCGUCACUGUGGAACAUGUGUGCCAUGCAGUCCAUCGGACAUUAGCAUCGCAAUUUAAAUACGCACUCGUUUGGGGAACAUCAACAAAAUAUUCGCCCCAACGUGUCGGCAUCAGUCAUGUUAUGAACGAUGAAGAUGUUAUUCAAAUUAUUAAAAAGUAAUGGUUAUACGAUUGGCUAGUUUUGUGGAACGACUAAACCGAAGUUUUCCAUAAAAUCUUCGAAUUUAAUGUUUUACUUUCGAUAAAUAAAUAAAAAUCGUCCACAAGCAUUCUA